ACAAAAAUUACAACAAAAUAAAGCAAUUUCGUAACAUGAACAAUAGUUGACAAGUAACGCUGUUUUCAAAAUACCAUUCAAUGGGAUCUGCUUCACAAAUCUAGUGAUUGUAAUUGUAAUGUUGUUUUAUGACAAUACAUGUACGAUAAUCGUAAAUUGACGCAGGCAUGCAUAUCAACAAAAGGUCUUCAAACAAGAAAAGCGAUCUUUUCAACUACGAAUUUGUUGAAUCUCUUAUCAAAGGAGGAGCUGACAUUAAUGUUACCGAUCAACAUAGGCAUACAUUGUUUCACGAGGUCGCACGUUCUUGGAGUGUUGAUGUUGCUCAAUUUGUUCUUUCUCAAGGUGACCAUAAGAUCCAAAGAGUCCUUAUCCCUGUUUGUAAACCCAAACAGAAAAAUAGGUGGAGAGAUCAAUAAGGAAGACAACUUCUGGCGAACCCCUCUACACGUGACUGUGUCGGUGGACUUUGUCGAAAUUGCCGACUUUUUGUUGCAAAACCACGCAGGUAUUGAUGCAAGGACAGUAGGUGAAUUACAGGCUCCAAUACAUUAUGCUGCAAAAAAAUGGUUCCGUGAAAUCACUUCAACUGCUAUUGGGAUAUCGAGCAAAUAUUGACUCACUUGACUAUAGAAACAGAACACCAUUACAGUUGGCUGGAGAAUGGACGAGAGACAAAACAGAAAAAGCAUUGAUAGACGAAGGCGCUUCGCCUUGUCUCCCUGAUUCAUCCGGGAACUCGGCAUUGUCAGUUUUGAUUGAGCGACUUCCACAGGUGGCUUUGGAAGUUCUCGACAAACUCCACACGACUGAUAUUAUAACAAGGAAGGAAUUUAAUUUCAUAAAUUUUCUUAAGUUAUCGCGAAUCAGCGCAAAGACGAAAAAAGCUCGCACUCCACUUGAAGCUGCCGUUCUCACGAGGAAGUUCAACAUUGUUUCCUAUCCCGUCAUGCAACGACUCAUCAACCAAAAGUGGAGUAAUUUCGGUCGCGUGACAACGAUCAUAGACCUUUGCUUUUUUAUCAUUCUUCCCUGUUUUUUGUCAAACCUCCAUCAACUGGUCAGAAUGAAAGUAGGAUUCCAUCUGAAGCUUUGAAUAGUUUGACAGAAAGAUUGCCAUCAAACGAAAAGAGCGAAUGAAAACAUCCAAGCAAUAUUGGUCGACAGCGAAGACAAGAGGAUACAUAACGAAAGGAAAGCGAUAAUGAAAAGGAUGAAAAAAAUGGUCAAAUCGGAAAUAAAAGAAAAUCCAAACAAAGUGAUCCAGAAAUGAGUUUUACUUCAGUUUUGAACCUUCUUUACAGAGCUCGUCAAAUAAUUAAACAAAUGAGGAUACAAUUCCUAUAUAUAGCUGACAUUUCUCUUUAGGAAAGAAGAACUUUAAAACAAAUUUCUGACAACACUUUCCUUUGUAACAAAAGAGCUAUAAAUUUUGUAAUUGCCAUUUUUUAAGACAUUUUUCUUUUCUGUGUUUAAAGAAAAUAUCGUACAAAAACGUGGGCAUAUUAUUGACCUUUUGCUGUCGGUGGUGAGGAUGUUGCUCAAUACUCAUAGGUUAUCAUUAUGGGCAUGAGUAAAAUGAAAUAAUACGCCAUAGUGAUGUAACUUUUUAUCAACUAUUAAAUUUCUGUUGUCUGUGCGCGUCAUGAUA